GCCUCCACGGCAUUCAUCAUCUGCAGUCUUUGUUGUAGGUAUACAUAUAAAUACAUGUUGAAUGCAUUUGUUGAAGAUAUUGUGGUUUCCAAAGCUGAACUUAAAUAAAAAGUGUUGAGAUGAAUAAUGAAGAGGACCUUCUGCAGGAGGACUCAAAAAGAGAUGAAGGCAAUGAGACUGAAGCCAACAGCAUGUAUAAAUUAAGAAAGACGAGGAAGAAAGUCACUAAAUCACAUGUUUGUUCAACUGAAGUGGGAGAAAUGGAUAUAUCCAAUUUAAAUGAGAGGAUCAGAGACCAAAUGGUGUGCCACAAAUUAGGGAACAUGAGCAAACCAGUCACGGGAGCUGGCUCUGCUGAGUCUCAACUGUCACAUGAUAACAAGGACUCUCAGGAUGAGACAACAGUGAUAAAACUAUUGUCCCCCAGAACAACAACCAAUGUUCCUGGUGGUGAAUUUAACCCAAACUCUGAUUGCAUGAGGGACAGCAGUCAAAUAUUGACCCCACCUCAACUCUCUUCUAGAAUGAAACACAUUAGACAAGCUAUGGCCAAAAAUCGUCUCCAGUUUGUACGAUUUGAAGCAACAGACCUUCAUGGUGUGUCCAGGUUUAAGAGUAUCCCUGCACACUUUUUUCAAGAGAAAGUGAGCCAAGGCGUUUGCAUGCCCCGAGGUUAUCUUGAAGUGAUGCCAAAUCCUAAGGACAAUGAAAUGAAUCACCUAAGAGCCACCUGUUUUAAUAGUGACAUAGUACUAAUGCCAGAGGUAUCAACCUUUAGAGUUUUGCCAUGGGCUGAGAGAACUGCAAGAGUGAUAUGUGAUACCUUCACUGUGACUGGUGAGCCUCUUUUGACUUCCCCAAGGUACAUUGCAAAAAGGCAGUUGAGCCAGCUACAGGCGUCUGGCUUUUCCUUGCUUUCUGCCUUCAUCUAUGAUUUUUGCAUUUUUGGUGUGCCCGAAAUUUUAAAUUCAAAGACCAUAUCUUUUCCUGCUUCAACAUUUUUUAAUAACCAUGAUCAGCCCUUCAUGCAGGAACUUGUUGAUGGCUUAUAUCACACUGGAGCCAAUGUUGAGAGUUUUUCCUCCUCUACCAGGCCUGGUCAGAUGGAAAUCUGUUUUCUGCCUGAAUUUGGCAUUAGUUCAGCUGAUAACGCAUUUACCCUCAGAACAGGUGUCAAAGAAGUAGCAAGCAAAUAUAAUUACAUUACCAGCUUCUUCAUUGAGACUGGAUUUUGUAAUUCAGGGAUUUUGUCUCAUAGUCUCUGGGAUGUCGAAAGGAAGAAAAACAUGUUCUGCAGCAGUUCUGGAACUGAGCAGCUCACGAUCACUGGGAAAAAAUGGUUGGCAGGACUCUUGAAACACUCUGCUGCUCUCAGCUGCCUGAUGGCGCCUGCUGUUAGCUGCCGAAAGCGUUAUUCCAAGGACAGAAAAGACCUGAAGGAGAGUGUGCCUACAACGUGGGGAUACAAUGAUAACAGCUGUAUAUUUAAUAUCAAGUGUCAUGGAGAGAAAGGCACCCGGAUAGAAAAUAAACUAGGCUCAGAAACAGCAAACCCUUACUUGGUGCUGGCUGCAACUGUGGCUGCAGGCCUAGAUGGACUUCAUACAAGUGAUGAGGUCUUGGCCGGUCCAGAUGAGAGCACAGACUUUUACCAAGUAGAACCUUCCGAGAUCCCUUUAAAACUGGAAGAUGCCCUUGUGGCACUGGAAGAAGACCAAUGUCUGAGGCAGGCUCUAGGAGAAACCUUUAUUCGGUAUUUUGUUGCCAUGAAGAAAUAUGAGUUGGAGAGCGAAGAAAGAGAUGCAGAGAGAAAUAAAUUCUUAGAGUAUUUUAUUUAGAAUAGAACUCACAAUUACUCUUUAGAGAUGUAAUUAUUACUUAAUCUACCAAAACAAAAAGACUGAACUUUUAUAGUUAACAACAGUGACAAUAACAAGACUAAGAACACUUGCCUUUAUUUUUUUUGUCUCCAUGGAAUAUUUGACAGAUGAAGUAGGACUGCUGAGAAGAUCCUGAUAACAGAAACAAACAAUAGUUGUGGUGAAGCUUUAAUAGGCAAAUUACCAGAUCUUGUCAGUUAGUCAUCAUCUUCUAUGUGUAUGCUGACCUGGAUACAAAUAUCGAAUUUUGGGGGGCAAUAAAUAUAUUCACACAUUAAAAAAAGACUUAGCAUUAGAAAGCAAAAUUUAAAUGACUUAAAAAAAGGAGGAAUAAUUUUAAUGGUACAAAUAAAUUAUGACUUCCAGGGAGACAAACACACUAAUAUAGUCUAGCUAAUCAAAUCAUGUUAUGAAUCUAGGUUGUAUGCAUCAUUAUGGUCUUUCUCAAUAAGUUAAAGAAACUUUUGUCAAAAUAUAAUGAAAAGUAGGCAGAAGUUACCCCUAAGUUCUUCUCUUUUCACACUUCUCCGCUUGCUCCUGAAAGGCUUAUGAACUUCAAGGUUAUAACAUCCUUAAGAAACAAAUCCAUAAGGAAGAGAAUUGGGGUUGCAAACAACGAGGUCAGAUUUCAAAAGUUAAAGUCUUUCUUUAAACAAUCCUUCAUAUAGAAGUUCAAUACAUAAAAUGUAGAUAGAAUGAAGUAUGUGUGUGAGGGUGGGUGGGCCAUCUACUCUGCUUCAUUCUUUGAAACUAGAUGUCCCUCUGAAACCUCUAGUGUUCUGUGGAGUGUGAGAAUAACUGCCUGGCGAGCCAGAGCUAUGUCUGGAGUUUAAGUUUGUUAUUCAAAUCACUGAAUCUUCUGCUCACAGAGGUUGGUACCUCCCCAGAGAAUAUUACAUGUUCCAGGCCUUUGUUUGAAUGAGAUUAUAUUGUAACUAUCACUAAAGUUUAGCUUCUUUUGGGAAGAAGACCAAAAUCUACUUACUAGCAAAUGAAAACACUGUUCUACUGCUUAGGAUCAAACAGCAGAUUUUAUGUUCAAUUAAAAUGGACUGUGGUCUCAAUUUAGAUAGCAAACACACAAGCAGAGGAUUAGAAUUUGGCUCAGAUGCUCUUAUUAAAAUUCAGAGUACUCAGUAGCAUAAAUAGUGAAAGUCGGUCUGUCCUUCACUAAUUACUCCCUUCUUUUCUCCUUUGAGCAGGAGAAGUGUAUUUGGAUACAUAAGAAGAAAGUUCCCAGCACUUUGGGAGGCCAAGGCAGGAGGACUGCUUGAGGCCAGGAGUUUGAGUCCAGCCUGGAUCAAAUAGUGAGACCCCUGUUUCUACCAAAAAAAAAAAAAGAAAAAAAAAAAAAAAACCUGGCUUGGUGGCACAUGCCUGUAGUCCCAGCUACUCAGGAGGCUGAGAAGGGAGGAUCACUUGAGCCUGGGAGUUUGAGGGUAGAGUGAGCCAUGAUCACACCACAGCACUCCAGCUUGGGUGACAUUGUGAAACACUGUCUAAGGAAAAUAAAAGAAAAGAAUAAAGCUCAUGGAUGCAUAUGGAGUAGAGAGAAAGGUAGUGUAGUGUAGGUGGGGGAAAGAAGGGAAUCUCUCCUGAAACCUCCAGAAUGAAAUCCCACACAUUACAUCAUGGGAGGGAUAAGGAGGACCCUCAUGCCAAUUUUCUAGCUGUCUGCUGAUAUUCCUUUUCCCAUCUGUUCUCAGUAAUAAAACCUCAAUGUGUUCGUUGAAAGCAAUAAAAAAUAAAAUGAAACUUCUGAGCCUUCAUUAAGAUUGAAUGUGGUCACGUUAAUAGGUUCAGUGCAAAGAGGUGAAAGUAGAAGUGUUGUAUGGAAGUUCUUUCGUGCAUUUUCUCUUCUUUUCUUUUUGCAAAGGAGUCUCGGGAAAUUUGAGGGAUUUGGGGAUGAAAGAAUAAAGAUAUAAGAACAGUGAUUGAUGACUUCUCCAAUCUUCCCACUUCCAGAGAGGAUAAUCUGAGUUAAUCAAAGGGAUCCACACAUGCAAAAAAUGGGAUUGGCUUUACCCCAUCCUUAUAAAAUGGCAUAUCCCUUUAUAGUCCAUGGGUCUUAACGAAAUAUGUUUUUCUUUUUGUUUUAUUGAGACAGAGUCUCGCUCUAUCACCCAGGCUGGAGUGCAAUGGUGUGAUCUCAGCUCACUGCAACCUCCACCUCCCUGGUUCAAGCAGUUCUCCUGCCUCAACCUCCCAAGUAGCUGGGACUACAGGUGCCUGCUAGCAUGGCCAGCUAACUUUUGUAUUUUUAGUAAAGAUGGGGGUUCACUAGGUUGGCCAGGCGGUCUUGAACUCCUGACCUUGUGAUCUGCCCCCUGGCCUCCCAAAGUGCUGGGAUUACAGGCGUGAGCCACCAUGCCCGGCUGAAACAUGUCUAAUGCAUUGACUUCAUUUUACCAUAAUGAGUAAAAGAUGCUAUAAAAAGUCUGAUAAUCACAGUGGUUUGAAGUCCCUUUUUCCCCAUGCACAUUAUUAGCAUAACUUUAAAAACACAGUAUUCAGAAUGCCAUGUGAUGGAAUUAUAUAACUAGGAAUAUGAUCUUCAGUAUUAAGCAUACAGUAGUGAAUCAACAGAAAAUAUUCAGCCAUAGAUUACAAAUCAAUUGAUAAUGUAAGUUGGUGUGGCAGUCUCCACCAAGAUUUCAGUUAGGUAUGUGCUGAUGUAUAUUCUUGUUCUUUAAAGCAACCCCAGAAGAGGCAUUGGCCAACAGACUUCAGGGCUAAAGACAAAUUGGGGUAGGUACACGUAAAAAUCAGUUAUCUUUUUCUCUAUUUCUUUCAUCUGUUCAUAGACUUUUUAUUAUUAAAGGGACUUUCUGCUGAUAUUUCCACCUUCUCGUUCUGGGUUAAGAGGGUCAGAAAUUCAUUCAACAGCAUUUCCUGAGUACCAUUUUUAUGCUAAGCCUUCUUCUGGGAGCCAUCAUACUAGGGGAGACCAAGACAAAGAAGAUGAACAGACAAUGAAAGAGUUUUGGAUCUGCGUAGCUUGAGCAGAACAAAAAUAAUUUUUUUAUAGGCCUAACACUGAAAAAAACUAUUUGGAAAGCUUCUUUAUGGUUCGAAAAGGAUGCUUUAUGAAUAGUUUUACAAAAAUGACUUUCUUAUUUUAAUUUACUAUAAUUGUUCUAAUCAAAGCUUAGGGGAAAAUGUGAUUACUGAAUUUAAAGUUGGUUAUUAAAUGCGUAUACAGAAGAAAUAUAAAUUAAAAGCAAUAAUGUUUUAAGACUAGAAACUAAAACAUUAGUAUUGUAGUCUAUUUUCAAGGACAUUCUAUAAUCUAAAAUUUCAUUUUACAGUGUCUGAAUAACAACAAAGCUUGAAAUGAUGAUUUGAAGGCAAUGAAAGAUCAAAAAACUUGAGUCUGAAUAAAAAUUGAAAGCAUACAGUGAAGUCUGAGCUUAUCACAAACAGAACAGUCUAUUGACAUAUCUCCAGUCACCUGUUUAACAAAAUACACUUACCAGUAUGUUUGUGAUAAAGGUAUAACUAAAAAAUACUUUUAACCUUGGGUUUUCUGUUACAGGGGUUAGAAUUUGUAUCUUUAAACAUUACCUAUGUGCACAGUGCCUUCCCUGUUAAAGCUCUUCUCAUGCUGCCUGUGACUAGGGGUUUAUAUGAUAUUUUCUAAAUAGGAUGUACAUUCUAAGAAUAAAAGGAACAGAUUUUACUUACAUUUGCAUUAA